AUGCAAACAGAAGGGGACAGUGUGACCAAGGAGCCCGGCGUUCAUACUCAUUCUGGAGAUCCAGUAACUGCCCAGGUACAGCAGGUAGUGAGUACAUUGCACUCAUUUGCCGAAGAUUCGUCGGACAGUGUGAGAAACUGUGUUGCAAAUUCUGUAACUUCUGCUACCUGUGACGUCAUGCAACGGCUGCCAAGUAAAUCGUCAUUGGAACGAUCAGUAAGAAGAAAACGUCAGCGCACCGACAAUGCACGUGAAAUUCCCCACACCAGAAACUUUGAUAUUCCUCCAGAGUAUCAAGAAAUAAUUCUGCAUGAUUCUGGAGUGGAUGAUGUUGACCGCAUAAUCUGCAUGGGUGAUAUCAACAUUGUCACUAAUCUCAGUGGCAACAGUAAGCUUUGGAUGUGCGAUGGUACAUUUGAAACUACACCCAUUUUGUUCUAUCAACUUUAUACCAUACACGCCAAAGUCGGCAGCAACUACCCUCCAUGUAUUUACUUUCUUCUUCCUAACAAAGCCCAAGCCACGUACGAAAGGAUGAUUGACAUACUUCUCUCGGUUAUGCCUGGUCUACAGCCUGAAAAAGUCCUCACAGAUUUUGAAACUGCGGCCAUCAACGCCUUUAGAAAAAAAUUCCCCUCCGCCUCCACCUCCGGCUGUUUUUUUCAUCUCAGUCAGUGCGUCAUACGAAAAAUUGCCAGUGUUGGUCUAAAGGCUAGAUAUGAAAAUGACAGAGACUUUUCAGUGCUCAUGAAGUGUCUACCGGCUUUGGCAUUUGUGCCUGAAGAUGAUGUCAUAACAGUUUUUGAAGAACUUGUCCUUACCCUUCCUCAGGAGCCAGAAGUCGAAGAAGUGGUGGCAUAUUUUGAGUCCAAUUACAUUCGAGGCAUGCAAAUUGGUGGACGUCGAAGGGAUCCCCCGUUUCCCUAUCAAACUUUGGAACCACUUCGAGGACGCAGAAGAAUGUGCUCCAAAAACCACAAAUUGUUGUGA